AUGCCUCCCCUCACAGCAAUCCACCCCUCCCUCUCCUUCACUCGAGCUUUCACCUCCACAGCUCGAUUUCUCGCAAAGUCCACAAAACAAAGGCUAGCAGCCGAGCACGCAGAAGUUCCACCAUAUCCAUACGGACCCUCUCAAUUCUACAAACAAUCCAAUUUUGGUCUUUACGGUCUCCAGAAGAUUCGCUAUGGAAACAUAGUCUCGAAGAAGAAUGAAAUCAAGACUAGAAGGCAUUGGCGACCGAACGUUCAGAGAAAGCGUCUUUACAGCGCCAGUUUGGGGAAACAUAUCAAAUUGAGAAUUACUACCAAAGUGUUGAGGACAAUUGAUAAAGCGGGAGGAUUGGAUGAAUAUUUACUGGGGGAGAAGACGCAGAGACUAAAGGAAUUGGGAAUGGGGGGUUGGAAAUUGAGAUGGAGGAUUAUGCAGACGGAUAGUGUGAAGGAGAGAUUUAGGCUGGAGAGGAAAAAGUUGGGAUUGCCGUCGAUGGAGGAGGUUCAUUUGGAUGAGAAUGGGUUUGGUAUUACAAAGGAAGAGAUUAUGGAGCAAGUGAGGAAAUACGAUGCGGCGAUGGCGAGGAACGAGGAGGUUAUUAUGGAUGCAGAGGCACAGGCGGCGACGGAGUCGGAGAUUCUGGACGGAGAUUUUAUGGCCAAAGAGCAAUAUACGGAGAGAAAGCCAAUAUUAUAG